UGGUACAGUUAAUUUAGCUCACUGAAAGCUGCAACACCUUGCACACAGAACUGCCAGAACUCUGUUGCAAACAUGCUGAUUCUUUACGCCGUCGUCGUGUCACUGUCCAUGGUGUCCGCGAGCCGAGUCUCGCGCAGCUGUGGUACCUGCGAACUCACGGUCUGCGAGCCGCUGCCCGUCGACGGAUGUGCGACGGGUUCGGCGCUCGACUCCUGCGGUUGCUGCGUCGUCUGCAACGCCGCAGCGGGCGAGCAGUGCGGCGGGCGCGGAGCCGCUGCCAGGCGCUGCGCGUCGGGGCUGGAGUGCGUCAAGUCCGACAAGGACAAGAAGAGCAAAGCAGGCGUGUGCGCCUGUAAAGCCAACUACGAGGUGUGCGGCAAUGACGGGGUGUCCUACCAGACGGGAUGCGACCUGAAAGCCGCCAGCAGCAAAGCCGUCGCGGCGAAGCAGGAGGCGAUCAUUGCGCAGAACAAGGGAAGAUGUGCAACAGCACCGGUGAUCGUGACGGCCCCAGGGGACGUGUACAACGUUUCGGGCUCCCAGGUAUAUCUGAGCUGCGAGGCCAUCGGCAUCCCAACCCCGGUCGUCACCUGGAAGAAGCUGGUCAGCGGUAAAGGGAGGAUGGAGCUUCUUCCUGGGGACAAGGACAACCUGGCCAUCCAGACCCGCGGAGGACCAGAGAAACACGAGGUCACUGGCUGGGUGCUGAUCUCUCCACUCAGUGUGGACGAGGCUGGGUCUUAUGAGUGUCACGCUGCCAACACCAAGGGCGAGGCUUCGGCUGUGGCCACCAUCCACGUCGUGGACUCCCUGGACGACAUCCCCAUCAAGAAAGUGAACAAGGACGAAGAGCUUUAAGUGGAGAACAGCGAAUUAAACCAAUCAUUAAUUCUUUGAAUAAACAGACAAACCUGAUGCUUAUAAAUCCGCUAGUGAAGCAAGCUCUCCAGAACUGAAACACGAAAAUCCUCCCCUUGUGAAAUCAAAGUUGGCUCUCAUCGUCUAUUGAAACCUAUGCUUUAUGACCACUGUUCUCUUCAUCUCACGGAAGUUCUUGUGUUUAGAAAUGUAGAACAAAGCCAUAUCAUCAUACAGGCAAUGCUCAUUGGUGUUAUGUUGUAACUAGGCAAAGCCUUCGGGCAAGAUAUGUGGAAAGACGCUCCCAGUCACCCCCCCUCCCCCAACACACACACACACACACACAGACACACCACAUUAAAACCAUUUCUAUAUUAUGAACUUCAACUGUGCUGGAAAGUGACAUGACGUUACAGGCAGGCAAAACACAGGCCCUCAUUCCACAGGCUUAGACCCACUAGCCAAACACCACCGAUAACUCCCACACAGACGGGAUUUGCUCUCUUAACAAAACAGGCCGUUGUGUUUGGGACAGUGUGUACGCGAAGUCACUGAGGCAAAGUCGUUCUUUCAACAGGAAUUGAAACGGAAUGCGGAAUGUGCUAUCUUUAUCGUAGCUGUGUACACCAUGGAAUAUUAGAAAAGCUUAAGUAUAAAUCAUGGGGUUUUUUUGGGCAGUAGAAGUAGACAUUUAGUUUUAUAUAUAGAAAUGUGUGUGUAAGCUGUAUGUUGAAAUUUAACAUUUUGGGUAAGGACAACAAAUGUGUUGAGAUAAGCCAUGUUCUGUGUUUCAGUGUCACUAAUAGUAAAACAACUAAAAUGAAUGUCUUGAAUUGUUGUACUGUGAAAGGCUGAAAAUUAUAUGCUAUCAUUUUAAA